CGGAAACGAUGGUGAAACUGUCAUGGCGGAUCAUUGACAUUGUUUUGUUGCAGGUGUAUUUACUACAUUAAGAGUUUGAUUGACUAGUACUUACGCUAUGACUAUGGCUGCUGAAAGAGGCAGAGAUAGAAGACUGAAUGAAUUACUGGAACAGGUGGUGGUUGCACAUAGGAAAGAUAUCAUGGAUUAUAGUGGAGGUCAUCUCAAUGAAUCUAAACUCCAUAAACCACCAGAGAUGGCAACCUUUAAAUCAUGGCCUAGUGCUCAUGCUGGACAACUUACAAUGAAGCAAAAACAUGUGCUUGCAAAACCAAAAAGAGGACUUCAAAAUAAAUCAGAAAUGGAAAAAGCCAUCAUGGACUUUAGUGUUGGGACAUCAGGUGCCCUUCCAAAUCCUCCACCAACUAGGACACAUAGGACUAAAGGAACCCCAAAAAAGAACAGAUUGAAAGAUAUCGAACAUUUAGUAGAUGGGAAAACAAGCUUGUCACCAAGUCAGUCACCAGAAGCCCAUAAAACACCAAAAAAUCUAAAACCUGUUAAAAAACAUAGAUUAAAAGACAUAGAGAAUUUUGCAGAUGGUAGAGUCUCUGAGUCUCCUCCUCCUCAAAGUGAGGACUCAUAUGACGGAUUACAGACAGAACCUCCAGUGCUAGUUGAGGAGCUGAGGCUUCCAGAUGUCAUGCUACCCAGUCCAAGAGAACCAGAAAAGGGGCGGUGGGAAAGCAUGGACAAUGAAAAUACUGAUGAGGAGGAGGAGGAUAAAGCAAGGGAUGAAUCCCCAAGGAAUCUUAUCCCUAAACAUCCACCUCAUACAUUUAAGCAUAGGUUUAUUUCAAGCCACUUAGGUGGAGUGACAAAAAGAGAUCAGUAUGAUCGCCUUAAAGAUUUUGAAAAGACUGUGAUUAGGAAACAAGAUGCUAUGGAGAGAGAGGUCAUGUCAGGGCAGAAAGCUGUAGAACAGCUGGAACAGAAGCUGAAGGAGGAAUUAGCAACAUUACCAUAUGAUGGUUAUGGUCCUAAUUUUCACAGACUACAAAUCUACAGUAACACAUUAGAUGACAUGAUAAGAGAAUCUCCUACAUUUGCAUAUGUGCUCAGACAGAUCAAGGGAGAGUAUGACAACUAUCUGUCCACUUUGCUGGACUCUCAGACCUCUCAACACAAUAAACUGUACGAACAGAUCCAACAACUGUCUGACAGAGGUACAUCAAAACCCAAGCAUCUGGAGGCAGAUAAAUCCAGUGUGGAGUUCAUGGAAAGUGAGGCAAAGAAGAUGCUCUCUCUGAAUGAAAGCCUUAGAAAAGAAGUCCAGCAUGAACUUGAACUAGCUGCUGCAGCUCCUGAACCAGAACCUCCGAAGCGCAUUAUACCCACAUUUGUAGGUGUGCAGAAGCAGGACCUGGCUGAACAGGUGCAGGACUUACACACCAGUAUCACUGAGAAGCUAGAGACUAUCAAUGCUACCAGGCAUCACCUACAUGAAAAGUUUGUGCCAAGCAGUGUGUGCAAUCAUUUGGAACAAUGUGUUAAGGAAACGGAGAUUGAAAUCCAGAAGCUAAUGAAACAAAAUGAGUUCUGUGACAAGGAAAUAGAAGAAAUGGAAAAUGAUUUCCAUGAAAUUAUAGAUGAUGCGGAACUAAGCGAGAGAGACAUUAGGAGGAUAUGGAGAAAAGUUAAUGCUGUGAAAGCAGUGGACAGUGCCAAGUCUGGCAACACUGCAUCUGGGUGGACCAGUGGUCCCACGCCCACCAGGGCACAGCCAGGCCAGGAGGACAGUGAUGAUGAUGAGAAAGAAACACAGAGGAAGUGGAAUUGGUACAUUUCUUAAAAAUCAAAUCCUACACAU